CCGCAUACUAUUAGUACGAUACACUUUCGAAUUGUAUGGGAAGAAACAAAUUCUGAGGGGCAAACUAUGGUGUUUAUCCCAUCUGAUUGUCGUGCUUGGAUGUAAGCACGUUGGGAUAAACCCGUGCGUAAUAUACCACAUACUGCCUCUAGCGAUCACAUCGCAUUCUGCAUCGGUCGUGGUGUAGCAGCGCAGCAUGACGGCAGAAUGCGUCACGAUCGACGACCUCCUGCUGCAAGAAGAUGUGUUCUCCCUCACGCAAGACGACUUGGACGCGGUGUCGCGGCGGUAUGCAAACCAGUCUGGACUGUCGUCCGAGGAUUCGCGGCCGUCGUCGACGUGGACGCACAUGCCGCGGUCGUCGGUAGCAUCGUCGACAUGGACAACUGGAUCGCAUCCGUCCGUGAUAGGAGGCAAGUCCACGAACCAACCUUCCAUGCAGCAGCAGGGGGUUCGCAUGUCGUGCGAGUCGUCCACCAACUCUGCGUGGACUCUUACCGAGGACUCGUCGUGGCUGAAUCCGCCCGCUUGUGUGUCGAUCCUUCCGUCGUCAGAUUUCACGCUCGACGGCAACGUCCUUGGGGACAAGCACACGAUCACGUUACACAACACAUCCCCCAGUCGACAUAUCGUGUACAAGCUCAAAGUCCCAAACAAGUGUCGGUCGUGGUACGCGAUCACUCCGAACCAGGGCAUUCUGCGGCCGAAUGAGUCGCUUCCCAUUGUCGUUGAGGUCGCCGUGACUUCUUCUUCUUCCCAGCUGCUCGAGACUGUGCCGAUGCAUUCGUCCAGGACCAUAGUACAUGCGUUCCGCCUCGACAUGAUCUUCGUCGUGGAUAGCAUCGUCGACCAACUCGAGUACUUGGACUAUGGCGAACAGCAUCGGGUGCAGACGGCGCUAUGGGACAAAGCCCUUCCGUCGUGUAUCCAGCAAACCAUGUUGCACUGCCACCUACAAUGCACGCGACUGGCAUGCUUGGACGCGGAUGUCCUUCAUAAGCAUCAUGCCAAGCACGACUCGACGAAGAAGCAGCUGUCGUGCUUGACGCGGCGGCAUGCGCACGGGGCGUCCCUCGUCCUCACCAACUCUCAACCGACCACCACGGUCGCAUUCAAAAUCAAAAGCAACUGCGGGCUCACAGCCACCCCGUCGUUCGGACUGAUCGAGCCGUACGGAACCAUCGCGGUGCAUGUCACCCCCAAACGCCACACCACAAACAAACUCGACCUCCUGCGGAUCGAGACCAUGCCCCUCGUGGACGUGGACACGCAUGUGAAGAGCGAUCCCACGCGUACCCUGGACGACAUCCGACGACUCGUGCAAGUCGCGUGGUCGACCAUUGACGCUCAGUACAAAACCACGCAGACCAUGUUUCCGUGGGAAGGAGAUCGACGAGGCGCCGCGUAACAUGAAUGAUCACACUCGCAUGUAAGCACACUUCCAUGUCGCUCCGAGGGCAUGUGUACAGCAGUCAGUGCCUUGUGCCAUGGGAAGUCGGUAGUUCCAAGAGAACAUGCUUGCGGUUCGCACGGAUUCUUCUUCUUACCAGCUGGAGUCAAGUAUUUGGUCAAUAUAUCGACUCUGAACACCCUCAGAUA